CCAGUCGGCCUGUCAGCGGGCUCCGAGGCCUGGCCCGGCGCCUGCGCGGCGACAGCGGCCAUGGCGGCGGAAGAAGAGGAGGUGGACUCGGCAGACGCUUGCCAGAGGUCAGGAUGGCUAACUGGUUGGCUUCCCACAUGGUGCCCUACGUCUACAUCACAACUUAAAGAAGCUGAAGAGAAAAUUUUAAAAUAUGUCCCCUGCACAUACAAAAAAGAACUUGUUCGUAUAUCUAAUGGAAAUAAAAUAUGGACACUGAAGUUCUCUCAUAAUAUUUCAAAUAAGACUCCACUUGUCCUCCUUCAUGGUUUUGGAGGAGGUCUUGGACUCUGGGCACUGAAUUUUGAACAUCUUUGCACUGAUAGACCCGUCUAUGCUUUUGACCUGUUGGGCUUUGGACGAAGUAGUAGACCCAGAUUUGACAGUGAUGCGGAAGAAGUGGAGAAUCAGUUUGUGGAAUCCAUUGAAGAAUGGAGAUGUGCCCUAGGCUUGGACAAAGUGAUCUUGCUUGGACACAACCUGGGUGGGUUCUUGGCUGCUGCUUACUCCCUGAAGUACCCUUCAAGGGUUAAUCAUCUCAUUUUAGUGGAGCCUUGGGGUUUUCCUGAGCGACCAGACCUGGCUGAUCAAGACAGACCAAUUCCAGUUUGGAUCAGAGCCUUGGGAGCAGCAUUGACUCCCUUUAACCCUUUAGCUGGCCUCAGGAUUGCAGGACCCUUUGGUUUAAGUCUAGUGCAGCGUUUAAGGCCUGAUUUCAAACGGAAGUAUUCUUCAAUGUUUGAAGAUGAUACUGUGACAGAAUACAUCUACCACUGUAAUGUACAGACUCCAAGGCCAUUCUUGGUGCAGGGCAUUAUGUGUAUGCAGAUCAACCAGAAGACUUCAACCAGAAAGUAAAGGAGAUCUGUGACACUGUGGACUGAGCACACUGAAGAUGAUGUGGGAAAACCUGCUGACUGAUACACUUCCUCAGCAAUAAUUCACAGUCUACAGUGAAGAGGAAGGAGUACAACACAAGAACCAGGCAGUCUUCUUGACUGUACUUUGCACAUGUUUUCUUUAUGAAGUUGCUUGUACAUUUAAACCAGUUAGUGCCUUCUAGAAGAAUGGCUUUCUUUUCUCCUACACAAAAUCGAAAUAUACAAGAGUCUUUAAAUCUAAUAGCUUUAAUAAAGGUUAUUUGUCCCUCUGCUAUACUGAAAAAUUAUAAUUUUUCAACUGAAAUUUUUUUCAUUUCUGUAUAACUUUGCUAUGUCAGGUACUUUUUGUAUUGCAUUCUAUAUUGCCAAUUUUAAAGGGUGAUUUCUGUGUCUAUUAUUUUAUAUACUGUAAAGGUGCACUUUAUUUUCUUUGCUUGUAUUUACCAUAUCUGAUAACUGAUAUAGUUAAUCAAAAUUCAAUGUGUUUUUAUGUAAAACUUUGUCGCUUGUUUAGAAUACUUCACUUCAUUUUUGAAAUGGAGUGACAGCAUUUUGGUUAAAAAGAUGGGAGUUGAUCACUAGCAUUAAUUUUUCUGAUUUUCCUGUGUUCUCUCUUUAAGGCUGCAAAGCCAUAUUCAGCAGUUUAAGUGUGAUCCAUCCUGACAAGCCUGCAUCAGCAUAACUCUGUGGAAUCUUCUGUGUGUGAUAUAAUUCUCCAUUUCCAGGGAAGUAUGACAUUAAUACUUAAGAGAUUCAAGUACUGAAAAGCCUUAACUAGAAGUCUGUCCCUUCACCCCCCAACCCCUAUUAGUAUUCUUUUGUGAACCAGGAUGCAGCUUUUAAAAGAGCAGAUUUCUCCACUGAGGGGACAUUAAGACUGUUACCUUCCAGUAAGCCAAAUCAUAUAUUUCAUUAACAUCUAACUCUCGUAAGAUGGGUGCUAAAACUGGAUUACAUUUUUACCACUAAAAUAUAAAAAUAGGUGGUGCUGUUACAUCUCAUGGCACCAGAAAUGAGCUGGCACUUGGGUUUUUUUUUUUUUUUAAGAGUUUUGUGUUAAUUAAAUAAUUUACAUACUUGAAGUUAUAUUACAAAAAUUCUAUACAGUUGAUUGAACUAUUUGACAAUAAUUACCAUGAAGUGUAGCACUUUGUUCCUUUUUGAAAAUGAGGAAAACUUACUUUGAAACUGAAAAAUCUCCCUGUGGUAACUGGCUGCUGAGAAUACCCUCUGAAAAAGAAAAUUGAAUAGGAUCACCCACAAGGCAUCUUUGCCGUAUGUUUUGCUAGCAUUGCUUGUCUAAGAGAAAGGUGGUUAUGUAAAUAAAAACAGUGAACUAGAGCAAAUAAUGGUUUAAUGGUUUUGACUGUUGCAUUUUUAAAAUGGUUAAUUAGGAAAUUUGUAGUUGUUAGGAAAUGUAAGGUUGUAUCACUGUUGAUUAACUGCCAGAAAGACCAAAUGCUCUAUUUUCAACAUUAUCUCCCUUACAAAAGAGUAGGCAAAUUAUACUGAAGCAUGAAAAAUAGCUUCCCAGUGAAUAAUUUGUCUCACUCAUCAGAUUAACUAGAUUAGUGCAAAAGGUAACAUGAGAGCCAAGAUAUGUUGUCAGAUUUCUCUACUUUAAGAACAGAAGUAGCCUUUACUUUUUAGUUAGUAUCUUGGAUGGCCAGAUUCAGACCUCUAAGUGGUACAAAUAAUUUGCAUAAUGUUUUUAUAUUUUUUGACACACAAAUUUGAUACACUCUCCAGUCUCUCUUAAUUAUUCUUUGCUGAGCAUAUGACAGUUUUUACUUGUACAGGAGGGUUUCUGUGCAGCAAACUUGGUCCCAGCCCUUGGAGGGAAGUUACUAGGUUCACUUAGUAAAUGGGGUUUCUGGCCACAGAUGUGCCAGGUGAUUCAGAAAAAAGAUGUACCCAAUUGUCAGGUGGAACUUAUUUUCUCACUGACUGAUUUUGCUUUAUUUGAAAAAUAUUGUCAUAAUUCUUUUUAAAAGUUAAAUUUUAUCUUGGGCUAUAGUAUAUGUAAUUUGUGAUGAUUGAACUAGCAGGGAAGGUCACAGUCUUCAAAUUCCUGAAAAUAUAUGGGUGCUAAAUGUUUUCUUAAAAAAAAAAAUUCUAUUAGAGUAGUUGAUUAAAUUAUGCAUAAUGUACUUUAACUUUAUUUUACGGAAUAAAUUUUACUGUGAUAGUGCUGUA